CAUUGAAGUGGCUCUUGGAUGAACUCAUUCACUCGGAAAUGCACUCUGUAUUGUCGUCUUGUUUCUGCUUCGCAGUGCAGUCACGCAUAAACCAAUCAAAAAAUUAUAGACAGCUACGAUCAGGAUAUCUCCAGCUCUAUACUAGGAAUUCCCGCGCAAUCCGUUUGGAUGAACAUCGAGUAGUGGAGGAAGGAUGUAAUGUUCUCGAACGUGAUAUUAUGAACUUCAUUGCUGUCAACGCAAUCACUCCUGUGUCAAAGACCUACAAGAUCAAGCUUGUCGAGGUGCGGAAAACCUUCUAUAUUGUCAUAGACUAUAUGCACGGCGAGCCGCUGGACAAAGCUUGGAUGUAUUUAACCCAGGGCCGUCGAGCGUACACCUGCCGCCAGAUUGCUGGCUACCUUGAGGAGCUUCGGCAAUUAACAGGCAAAUAAAUUGAGGCAAUUAAUUAUUCCCGCUGGAGUGGGCCGUUUGAGAGCGAGAAUGAUUUCAACCGCUUUAUGGCGUCAGAUGCUUAGGAAUAUCCCUGCCACAAUCAUACUAUCCAUUUUGCUCACGACGACUUCAGUCCCAGGAAUAUGCUGGUCGAUGAGGCCGGUCAAGUGACAGCGGUUUUUGGCUGGGAGUGGGCAGGACGGUUUCCGGAGUACUGGGAUGCUGUGCGGAUAUUCAUAGACAUGCUAUCUACGAAGCAGAUGCCCGAAUAUGCGAAUCUCCUCCUUUCCGUUCUCCCGAACCAAUGUGAGGAGUAUCUUGCAAUGGUAUACAUUGUAAGGCUUGAAGCGCCUGACCAAGUUGGCAGACCAUUCAUCCACCAGCUUUGUCUGAAUGAGGGCUUUGCUUCUUCCUCCCGUUUUUUGCGCAGCUAUCUAGGCAGUUUGUACUUCAUCGUUAGAGAACUUUUUUGAGUUUGCUGGUACCAUAUAUUUGCUUG